AACUGUGCAUUUGCGUGUACCAGAACGCGUUUAUUAUGUCUUUGUGUCGGUGUUUCCUCUUUGUACAUUGUGGCCGCCGCCUGAAACGUUGGUGUUGUUGAUGCUGGCGGACAUGCUAGCUCACAGGCGGUAGUUUGCUAACUGCUCUGCCCACGGCGCUAAAGCCAAACAUGUAUUUUUAGCUAAAGCUGGACGUAAACCACUUUUGUAAUUAUCGAGAAGGCAGAAUGGCUACAUGUGUCUGACCUGUGCAUCCACUGGGCAGAAAGCUUUCAUAUAAUGUCACAAUGGGUUUUUUAUGGUCGUGCGAAUUAGCUAGCUGGGUAACAGAAGCUAAUUAGUUAGUCACUGUUAAGGUAACGCAGUGUCUCUGUAUUCAGCAGGUCACUGGACGAGACGUGUUGGACUAUCCACAUUGGAGUGUUGUGUUUUAUAGCUCUUACUGUGCUUGCUUUUAAGCCUUUAGCUAAAUAAGUACUUGUUUAAAAUAGAUGCUUUUGAAUUUCCUAAUCAAUAUUUCAAUAUGGCAGUGAUAAGCACAAAGAACAUGUUGCUGUAGAGAUAAGAGAUGUCGAAAUACAACAUAAAACGCGUUACUAUGUUCACUCAAAUGGGGUAAAUGUAAGCUGCUACAGCAAUAUAAAACCACUAAAUUAAAAAUGACAGAGUUAAAUGAGCAUUUGUAAAACUGUGCCUACAAAAUGUGAACUUUCUAACCUUCAAAAUGCAUUACUCAUGGCAGUGUUUAGGUGUGUGUGCUUCGUGCUGUGGGGUGUUUAGGGACGUUAGUAAUACCUGAGCAUGUGAUGUGUUGUUUCUCUGCAAUAUGUACAAGAGUACAUUGAAAGGUUCUCAGCAUCUCCUAGAAAUAAGGGGCAUAGCUCCUAUAAAGCCUUCUGUCACUCUUCACAUAAACUCAAAUAUGUGAAGCAAUAAGAAGCCAAAUGAGGCUUUAAUCUGUCGCAGCUGACUCCCCCAACCUGGUACCGUCACACCUCUGUGUCCCGUCCAAAAGCCCACAUCUGUGUAGAUAGCAAAACACGAAUUUCUGAAAAAGCUGAAAGAUAAUUUUUUUUUCUGUUGAGAUUUUUUAUUUUUUAUUUUUUUGUGGGUGUGAAUCGUUUGGAGCCUUCAACAUGGUGUAAGGCGAAGGCAGACGAAAUAGGUUUUUUGCUUUGGAUGGCGUUCAGAUCUGGCUUUGUUAUGCCAGUUUGAAUAAUCAAACUAAUUAGUCACGUUUCCUUGUUUAGUGGCAACACCACACUGCCGACAGAGUGUCUGUUUUUGUUCAACAUCGUCCGUUCUGUUGUUGAAAUAUUUCCCUACAGACGACUUUGCUUUUCUUUUUCCAGCCAGUUGUUUCCUCUGUAGCGUCUCUGCUGUUCCUCACCUGUUUUCUGAGCACACUGUGGAGACUGCACAACAACAAAACCCAAGUCUUGUACGUAAAGUACAAAAACAAAAGCAGUGAAUCCAAGAACCCUUCAAUCACAGGAAAUAACGUCCCAUCAAACAGGUUUUUUGUAGAUUAGUCAAGAAAAAAUGAGAACCGUGCAAGUUUUCUGUCUGUAUGAAGCUGCAAAGAAAAGGUUGUGAUCUGUUUGAGAUGGGGAAUUUGAGUCUGUCACAAGGAUAGCGUGUUCAGCGACUGGCAGGAGAGGAUGCUGCUCUUUGCCAGGGCGAAGAACAAUGGGACACAGAAAGCCCCAGUGACUCCAGACCAGGCCAGUUGCUGGGUCCUCAGAAGACGAGAAGAAACAUGUGCGUCGUCUGCACCGCUGACUUUGCCAGAUAGCAGAGGAGAGAAGUAACACUCUGAAGCUUUGUCACUACAUUUCAGGAACUCAGCAGCCAAAAUACUAGUACGAACCUUGCAGUGGAAAAAUGAACUUCCUGUCAACCUUUGUGACGUUUGAGAACCUCCAUGAGGUCCGGAGAUUGUGCCACUGGGGUCCAGUGAUAGCCCUGUCCGUCAUUGCUAUAUGCUCCACUAUGGCCAUUCUGGACUCCAUCAUCUGGUACUGGCCGCUUGACACUACAGGAGGCAGCAUAAACUUUAUCAUGCUCAUCAACUGGACUGUCCUCAUCCUCUACAACUACUUCAAUGCCAUGUUUGUUGGACCUGGAUACAUUCCUCUGGGCUGGAAACCAGAAAAUCAUCAGGAUGCCCAGUUCCUACAGUACUGCAGAGUGUGCCAAGGGUACAAGUCCCCCAGAUCCCAUCACUGUCGAAAGUGUAACAGGUGUGUGAUGAAGAUGGACCACCACUGUCCCUGGAUCAACAACUGCUGCGGCCACACGAACCACGCCUACUUCACCAGCUUCCUGCUGCUGGCGCCGCUGGGCUGCUCCCACGCUGCCAUUAUCUUCAUCAUGACCAUGUACACACAACUGUAUGAGAGAAUAUCAUUCGGCUGGAGUACUGUAAAGAUUGACAUGAGCGCUGUACGUCAGGUCCAGCCUCUCAUGCCCUUCAGUGUGCCCGCCUUCGCUGCCACACUCUUUGCCUUAGGCUUGGCACUGGGCACCACUAUUGCAGUUGGUAUGCUUUUCUUCAUACAGAUGAAAGUCAUCCUUCGAAAUAAGACUUCGAUCGAGUCCUGGAUCGAGGAAAAGGCCAAAGACAGAAUACAGCACUACCAAACAGGGGAGGACUUUAUCUUCCCGUACGACCUCGGCAGCCGCUGGCUGAAUUUCAAGCAAGUCUUUACAUGGUCAGGGACACCCAAAGGAGACGGCCUUGAAUGGCCAGUCCAUCCCAAGUGUCACCAGUACACCUUAACUAUUGAGCAGCUGAAGCAGAAAGCUGAUAAACGAGUUCGAAGUCAGGUCCAGUACCGGGCAGUGGAGGAAUAUAAUGGAGCUUGCUGCCCUCUCAACAAGGGUCUCCAAACGUUCUUCAGAACCCCCUGCACCGAGGAGCCCAGGAUCCCCCUCAGCAAGGGGGACACCAUUCUGGCCACUCGCGGCACCAAGUGGUGGAUGUAUGGAGACAAAGUUUUGAGCGAGGAGCAAAUGAGAGCCGGAGAGCGUAUAAGGGGAUGGUUUCCACGGCGAUGCGUGGAGAAGUGCCAUUACGACACGGCUGCCAGUGAUAGCACCAGCGAUAAGAAAGUAAAUUAAUACAUGUGAGCAGGCUUUACGUGGAGCAGGGGAGUUGAACUGAACAGAAGCCGUCUGUCCGUGUUCAUCAGCGUAUAUCCACUGAAGAUGUCAUGCCUGGUGCUGCAGGCUCACCAUCAACAAUUUCAUACUUUGACUACGACUUCUCACAUUUCUGUACCAGCUUGUAUUUCUAGAGCAGCUCUAUUAGCUACACCUGUGAAUGUAGUCCUAUGCAACGUUGCUGUCAUGAUUUCUUUUCUUACGAAGCUUCUACAGUUUCAGUUUUUGUUGUCAAUAAAGUGAUGAUUCUA